AUGUUGGAGGGAGCAAAAUGUGUGUGGUCAACGACCUUGAGUACCUCCCUCCACUGGGAGGCUUACACUCUGAAAUCGUUGCCUUCUCACUUCCAGACUGACUAUCUAGUUGAACUCAACCUCCCUGAUAGUUCAGUUGAAACACUAUGGAGCGGAACUCAGGACCUACGGAAACUAAGGCACUUGAACCUUAACAGAUGCAGGCAACUGGCUGAAAUUCCAGACCUUUCUAAGGCAAAGAGUCUUGAGACUUUAUGUCUUUGUGACUGCGAAAGCUUGGUCGAGCUCCAUUCUUCUCUGUGGCAUCUUAAUGACCUAGUUAAGCUGUCCAUGCGAAAUUGCACAAAACUUAAGAAUCUCCCGCGUAACAUCUCCUUGAAGUCCCUCAAAACUCUUUCUCUAGACGGAUGCACAAGUAUAGCAGAGUUUCCAUUUGUUUCUGACAAUGUUGAAGAGUUGGGACUGAGCUGGACAGCAAUUGAAGUAGUCCCACCAUCGAUCGAGUGUCUAUCAAAGCUCAGAGAUCUGCGGUUGUCACAAUGCAAGAGACUGAAGAAUCUCCCAGACACCCUUGGAGGUUUGAAGUCACUCAGACAUCUCUGGCUCGGCAACUCUCCUAAUGUCACAAUAUUUCCAGUGCUUGGAAAUGGAAUAGAAACACUGGCCUUGAAUGGAACAGCGAUAGAAGAAGUGCCUUCAACGAUUGGUGAUAAGCUGAGUCUCGUCUUUCUUGACAUGUCAGAGUGCCAGAGGCUCCAAAACUUCCCUCCCGGGUUGAGCAACCUAAAAAACCUGAAGUUUCUUUAUCUUCGUGGAUGCACUAACAUCACUGAGCUCCCACAGAUUGCAGGGGAGAUGAGAAAAUUGGAUUUAUAUGGGACGUCAAUAAAGAAAUAUGGCUUUCUCUCUGAAGAUGAAGCGCUUGUGAUGCGUAAUCGUGAUAUGGACUUCUUGAAGGGAUUUCUCACUCGGUAUGUCCGAAAUUACAAGAAAAAUCGGAACUCUAGAUAA